AUGGUACAGUCAGAAAAGAGUCCUUCCACAGCUAAUAAUUCAUCCCCAGGAUCAGUAACCAAACCUAAACGACAGAGAAAUAGAACUCCUAAAAGUUGCAUACAAUGCUCCAAACGAAAGAUAUUUUGCUCCAAAGAAAGGCCUGCUUGCAGUAACUGUAUUAAAUACUCAGUUGGCCAUCUCUGCUCAUAUGCUUUACCACCAUGGGCAGAUGCAUCUUCCAACAAUAACAGCAACAACGCCAAGCCUAAUGAGGCAAAAGUGACCUCGCCAAGGUGCUCCUUAAUAGACCAGCCGCUCUCACCUACGCGCAUACAUCAGACAGAGGAGUAUCGCCACUUGAAACAAACCAACGAGAAGGUAAUACAAGCGCAACGGAAAGAAAUUGAUGAUUUAAAGCGUCAGCUAUCUGUCCAACAACAACUUUCACCUAGAGACCCUACAUCAAAACAGCAACUACAACUGAUGUCAAAUUCAGGGAAUGUACCUGUGACAGUGUUGAACAAGAUAAGCCCCUUGACAAAUACAUAUAGCAGUAAUAAGGUGGAAAUGUUGAAUGAUUAUACUCUUUGUACUAUUGACAAUUCACCACUGUCCAGCAAAAACAUAUACGUGGAUACUUAUUCCUGGAUCAAUAUAAUUAAGCUAGAUCCUCAAUUGACGACACUUUGGUUCCGGAUAACAAACUUACAAAAAAUGUAUCAUGUAUUUAAAAUGAAUAUGCUUAAAGGAGGUCGAUCUACUGACAAUGUGAUCAAAAAGGUACCGAAAAAGUCAAAUUACAAGAUUAAUGAAAUCGAUUUUACUUAUUCGCUACAGCCUUUUACCCCCAACUAUCCAAUCAAAGACCAACAACAACAAGAGCAGCAGCCUUUGAGGUGUCCGGUUGUUGAAUGUGAUUUCAACUUCAUGUCGGAAGAGCAACAAUUGACAACACCAAGUCCCAUGAGAUCGGUUUCAGUUUCGCCCGCAAUAAAACUUGAACGAUCAGCAACUUUGCUCGAAAAAACAGCUGCUGUAGAAAUACAGCAGAAGUUGACAAGUCUUUGGGAAUCAUUGGUUAGCCUACCUAGGGGUGAAUCAAAAUUGAAUGUUCAGCAAAUACAUUUUUUACUAGACUAUUAUUAUAAAAGCGACAUUGAAAGCAAAGAUAUUUUAUCUUUCUACCGAUUUGAUAUUCAAGCCGUGUUUAAAAAGACAGCAAAUGAUGAAGUGAUGCUCAAUUUACCCCAAAAUACCGGUGGUGCAGAUUUCGAAAUGCAAUUAAAAUCGUGCGGAAUUUUCCUAUGCAUGUUGGUAUUGAUUGUUGAAGAAGCCUUAUCAGAGUUGAGGGUUAUAUUCAAAGAAGGAACAAAUAAGGACUUGUGUUUACAAUUUGAAGAUACGUUCCCUAAUGAAGUUAUAUUAUUGAGUCUUGGCCCUCGACAAAACAAUUUGCUACAUAAUGUUCAGGAGUUUUUAAUUCAUUUUGAAAACGAAGAGUGCAAUCGAUCAUUAUCAUAUUGUGCAGUUGUUAUCGUGCUACUAAAUCGGGAAAUUGACGAUUACAAGAAACCAGGAUCAAGCAUUAUUGAUACCAAAAAUUCCUUCACUUCGUUAUACACAACUUUCCUACAUCUAUUACUUGAUGGAUCAUUGGAAAUUUGGAAAGACCCGGAAUUGGUGGAAAUCAGGUCUCAGUACAAGAAACGAAGAAAAGAUUUAAAGUUACAUUUUUGUCACCUUUGGGCUAGUGCUGUUAGAUUAACCAAUUUGGUCACAUUAAACUUUGUCCCUUUGGUCAAGCAUUCGGAAUACUUGGAUGGAUUGUUACGGCGUGUGUAUCGCAAGAUUGAAGAGGUUGACCUGUUGCAGUAUCAUUUAAAGUUUUUGUCCAAAUUAGCCGAGGAUCAAUUGAUUGUUUCAUUGCAUGUGCAUUACCUUAUUGCUAAUGUCUCGUGUUCCUUGUAUCAUGGGAUUUUAAACUUGGGCUCAAACAGGUUGGUGAUCAGCAAUUUAGAACAAUUAGUAAAGCAGUGCCAAACCUGGAUAACUGAUGUUGGUGUCCAACGAUUUAGCGAGGCCAGAAAAUUUGAAAUUUUGAUUAUUCUUGACUACUUGUCGUAUUUUAUGAUUUAUCUCAUUAUGUUGCAAGGAGAAGAAUUAGGUGAUGCUGAUAUGGUUAACAACGUUGUACCAAACAUUUUCACCAAGUUGUCGCAGCUUAUUCAACUGUUGCAUGUGACGCCAAAGCGUCAUGCUCAAUACCUUUACUCAAUAGGAACAGAAGUGUUGACAAGACUGAUACAAUUUGUAGUUGGUCUUCUCACUAGGUUCAAGGAUGAAGCACGUGACACGAACUUGUUGAAAGAAGGGUGCACUACAAUAAUGACCAAGAAGGGACUUCUUUCGCCUACUGAAUGCAUGGAUGAUCUAACCGCAGAAAUUGAUCUGGUUAUUUCGUUUUUGGACGCGGUAUUGAUAAAUAAGGAAAGAUUGAUUAAGCUCAUAAAAUUGUGGAAGUUUUACAUCACAUUGAGUAAAGAUUUGAAUUAUAACAAGCUUCAUGCUGGAUUGCCCAACUUUAAAAAUGGAAAUGCAUCCGCAUGCCCGGUAUUGUCUGACGGUAAUGCGCAAUCAGCGGUAGGUUCAUGUCCAGUUCUGAUGUCGGAGAAAGUAGGAGCAGCAUCUGCUUGUCCAGUAAUGCAUGGUAAAGGUAGUAACAGUGCGGCACCUGCAUCAACUCCACUGGCCUCGUCGACUUUGCAUCCAAUGAAGAGAGAAAUGUCAAAAUGUCCAAUAUCACUGAUCACGACUCCAAUGAAUGAUGAAGAAAUUAAAGUUAGUCAACUUCCUCCACCCUUGCAAGCAGUAAAUCAUAAAUCACCUCAACAACAACAGCUACAGUCACCAAUGCAUAAAAAGAUGAAAAAAUGUCCUUUUGAUCACGGAUCAAUGAUGAAACAUAACCUAUAUACCAAUCAGGUAGAAUCGAGUGUAAGAGGAAACUUUGACAUAUUCAAGACCCAUACACCUAGCCCAUUAGGUGGUGGUGGGUAUUCUAUGAACAGUCCGGCACCAAUACCACAGCAGUUACAAUCAGUUAAUAUAACAACAUCUGAAGAAAGAUCAAUGAAGAAUGCAGCGGCUGAUGGUGUUAAUGAGACAAUGCUGUCUAUGGGUGCUGGACCCUCAUCACAAUCAGGCUCGGCGUUAGUAUCUAGUGGCUUGGCUCUGGGUACUUUAGGUGCACCACCACUACCAUUACAACAACAAUCCCAGUUUAUUGGUGGGCUAGAUAACUUGGACGUUUUGAACCAAUUUCAUGAUUUUGAUUUUGAUUUCUUAAACCUGGAGAAUAUCUUGGAACAUUUUGGCGGCUCUGCAGUUCCCGCCAGUGGAACCAAUGGAGAAUUAGAUUUAGGAUUGAACAAUCUUGGCAAUGGAAAUAUUGAAGGAUUUUUCCAAUAA